AUGAGUCUUCAAGAUAUAAAAGUGCCCGUGGAGGUUAAUCCCGACGAAGAUACCGAAUGGAACGAUAUUCUACGUGCACAUGGAAUCAUUCCAGAAAGGCCAAAGUCGCCCACCCAAGAGUUGGAGGAGGCUCUCGACCAGGCAGUCAGAAAGCAGCAUGAAAAUCGUCUAGAGAACAAGACCUUAGGAGAACUCGACGAAUUGGAGGACGAUGAAGAUGAGGAUUUUCUCAACGACUAUAAGAUGAAGAGAUUCCAAGAACUUCAACAGUUGCAGCAGAAAUCCAAGUUUGGCUCGGUUCUACACAUCACCAAGCCAGAAUACGAAGACGAAGUCACCAAGGCCUCGGAGUCGUCCUAUGUGUUCGUGCAUAUGUCAUUGCAGCUGGCAGUACAAAGUAGGCUCUUGGGGCUGCUUUUGGUGACGUUGGCUGGCAAAUUCCCCGAGAUUAAGUUCGUAGAGAUCCCAGCAAACAGAUGCGUGGAGAACUAUCCAGAAGCAAACUGUCCCACUCUUAUUAUCUAUCACAAGAAGAAUAUCGUCAAACAGUAUGUUACGCUAACCGAGUUGGGAGGCAGCGACUGCAAAAUCACAGAUUUGGAGAAAGUUUUGGUGGACGUUGAUGCCGUGAAGCAUGCAGACGAGAGGCUUGAGAUUAACCAGCUAGAUGAGGAUUUGGAGGAGGCACGGAAAACGAGAUUUGUGAAGAAGUCCAUCCGGGGAAGAAUGGAGGAUGAUGAUGACGACUUUUACGAUUAG